AUGGCUAUAGAAAGGCCAAAGUUACAAGAUGAUCAAAGAAACAAAGUUGCCCAGUGGCUGUUAGAGCAUAGCAGUGAAGGCAAACUUCGCCAUGGAGCAAAAAAAGAGGCGGCACUUCACUUCAAAGUAAACUUGAAGACCAUUUGGAGGAUUUGGAGCCAAGUCUCCAAUCAAAGAGCAUCCGGUGUACCUGUCCAGGUUAAAUCAAUUAGAAAAGGAUGUAUACACAAGGAUAAGAUGCUCAUUGAUGGUGAAAAAGUCAAAAAACUUUCAGUUUUAGAAAGAAGUACACUGAGAUGCAUGUCGACUCACCUAGGAGUGUCUAAAUCUUUGCUUCAUCAAUGGGUGAAGGAGAAAAAACUGAAACCACAUACAAAUGCCAUAAAACCCUUCCUUACCACACAAAACAAGCUAUGUAGGCUGAGGUGGAGCCUUAAACAGCUGAGUGGGGUCAGUGAGGAUGGUUUUAUACCAUUUCAAAGUAUGUACAACACCAUCCACAUCGAUGAAAAAUGGUUCUAUCUUACCAAAACCAAUGAUAGAUACUACCUCCUGCCCGAUGAGGAAGAACCACAUAGGACAUGCAAAUCAAAAAGGCAUAUUGAAAAAAUCAUGUUUAUGUGUGCUGCUGCGAGGCCGAUCAUUGAUGAAGAUGGCACAGUCAUAUUCGAUGGAAAGUUAGGCAUUUAUCCUUUCAUAACCACAGAGCCAGCACAAAGGAACUCGAAAAACAGAGUGAAAGGUACGCUGGAAGUUAAGGCAAUUGCAGCAAUCACUAAGCCCAUCAUUAGAGACUGCCUUAUAAACAGGUAA